CAGAGCGGAGCCCACCACAGACACUCUCAGUCACAUCACACACACACCGAUCGCCUGUGGAUUCCUCUACAGCUCGUGUUGUUUGGUCGGGAGAUCAUAUCAGACACAGAAUAAGAAAAGGUUUCUGGGAGAGUUUGACACGGGACAUCUGAGAGUAUUUAAAGGACACUUUCACCUGGGCCGACCGCAGGCACUUACUUAUCUGUUUGAUCGCAGUCUGGGAACUUUGAGGACGCGUUUGCUCUGUCUCGCAGGACAGAAGAAUCGGAGACGCGGGCAUCAUCGUCUUGAAUCGAGAGACGAUGAGGAUGUUGUGUUCUGGAAGGGUUCUCCAGCAGUGGUUCUUCGCUCUGUUUUUACUGUGUUCUCCUGUUCCGCACCACGGCCGGCCCGUCGAUGCCCUCAGCAGCCGAAUGAAGCGCUCGGUGACGCAUGCGCAGCUGAUGCACGAUAAAGGACGGACGCUACAGGAUAUUAAGAGGCGCAUAUGGCUGCAGGAACUCUUGCAUGAAGUGCACACAGCGGAGAUCCGUGAAGCGGUGCAGCGCGGCGCCGUCGGCAGCAGCGGCGGGGGAGGGGGCAGUUUUACUGUUGCUGCGCCGAUGGGCGUGGGCAUGGGGGUUGCCAUGGGAACGGACAUCGUCCACCCGAAACCCGCAGGUGGCAUGAAGAAUCUGCCGAUCAGCUUCCGGCUUGAGGACGAGGAGGGUACGAACCUCCCGCAGGAAACCAACAAGUCGCAAACGUACAAAGAGAGCACGCUGAAGGACAUCGGCAAACGGAAGAAAAAAGGCCGCGCGGGAAAGAGGCGGGAGGGGGAGAAGAGGAAGAGGAGGGCUCGUUCGCUAGGCCGAUCGCCGCUAGAAGAGCUCGGGAGCGGCUUCCACCUGGAGUGGCGGCCAUACUUGGGCCAGCGUGUGGCGCUGCACUAAGACACUGUCAAUCUCUGACAACGAUCCGUGAGGACAUUUGAAAUGGACACCUAAAUACUCGUGUUACGUCCACUGUACAAGUGAGAGGAAAAUAUUUAUUGUCUGUAAAUAUUCGUAAUGCGCCCGAACAGUGACAAUGACAAAUAAAGAUAACGGCUAAAGCAUUAUAACAGCUCCACGGAGCCGCCGAUUCGGAUCCUUGUGAAUACUUUGCUUUAUUUCUAUUUUGUUUUCAUUGUAUCCGAUUUUCUUUAGGACUAUGCCUCUAUUACGGUGUCAGAAUUCCUGUAAUUUAUUUUGUUUGAAUGGUGUAUUUAUUUUGUAAAGUUAUCAAGGUGCUGCUGACCUUCUAUAUUUUUGUACUAUAAUGCACUUUAGAUAUAUAAAUAUAGAAAUAUAUACAGGUCAUUUUGUUAAUGGACGUAGUUUGUGGUUCAAUUGAAUGAAGAAGAUUACAGUCAUGCCCUUUUGUGUUCAUCCUGUUUGACAACUUUUUCAUCCAUGUUUCUGUAUGCCGACGGCUCUGUUCCAAAAUCUAGUAAGCUGCAUACCUUGACAAUAUAUUAAGGCGUCAUUGGUACCCUUUUGACGCGAAGGUACGUUUAUUUGAAGCUAACUCAUUUUAGCCAAAUUCUACGACAGUAUCUCAUAUAUAAAGAUUAUGAUAGGUGACGACUUGAGAGUAAAUGCACAUUAUAUGUAUUGAAUAUUUCUUUAAAUCAGUACUGAGAGAAACCCCGGUGCAUAUUAGUGUAUUUCUAUGCCUAUUACGGUAUUGCAUUGUUAGCUUAGCAACAUGCUUAUGUCAGACUCGAUCUACGUUGUGAUUCGUUUUCUCGUGCACUUUACACAAGAAGCGCUAUUCGAGUCGCUGCCUAUGUAGUGCGGUUCAGUGCGAGGCAGCUCACUUAAGAUUGGAACAGAGCUUUUUACUGCUGUCCUGGACGUGCCUCACGUCAGCCACUCCGAAAACAGUCUACGCCGGCUACAGCUGCGCUUUAAAACUACAGAGCGACCUGUACGUGACCAGCACGUGCUAUAGAAUGACUCUUGUUUUUUGCACUGAGAGAAAAACCCUGUACUGAAUGAAUUAAACA